GGACUAAAAUCCGGUAGGAUUUAAGAACAGUUCCACUUCCGGUAACACCGGAAGCAAUUUGAAGAUGGCGUCUUCCUCCUUCAACGGGCCGGCCGCUGCGGACGGGAAAAGUGAAUUAUUUCGUACCAAGAAGCCGAAGCCGGAGAACCGAGAUGAAUCAGAACUCCUCACUGUUCCUGAUGGUUGGAAGGAACCUGCUUUUUCCAAAGAGGACAAUCCCAGAGGACUCUUGGAAGAGAGCAGUUUUGCAACUUUGUUCCCAAAAUAUAGGGAGGCUUACCUGAAAGAGUGCUGGCCAUUGGUACAGAAAGCCUUGAAUGAACAUCACAUUAAUGCAACCCUGGACCUGAUUGAGGGCAGUAUGACUGUGUGUACAACAAAGAAGACUUUUGAUCCAUAUAUCAUCAUUAGGGCCAGAGACCUAAUAAAACUUUUAGCAAGGAGUGUUUCAUUUGAACAGGCAGUACGAAUUCUUCAGGAUGAUGUUGCAUGUGACAUCAUUAAAAUAGGUUCUUUAGUAAGAAAUAAAGAAAGAUUUGUAAAAAGAAGACAACGUCUCAUUGGUCCCAAAGGAUCUACAUUGAAGGCUUUGGAACUCUUAACAAACUGUUAUAUUAUGGUUCAGGGAAACACAGUUUCAGUCAUUGGACCUUUUAGUGGCUUAAAAGAGGUUCGAAAAGUAGUCCUAGAUACUAUGAAGAAUAUUCAUCCAAUUUAUAACAUUAAAACCUUAAUGAUUAAACGAGAGUUGGCAAAAGAUUCUGAAUUAAGAUCACAAAGUUGGGAAAGAUUUUUGCCACAGUUUAAGCACAAGAAUGUGAAUAAACGCAAGGAACCAAAGAAAAAAACUGUCAAGAAAGAGUACACACCAUUCCCACCACCACAGCCAGAAAGUCAGAUUGAUAAAGAAUUGGCUAGUGGUGAAUAUUUUCUGAAGGCAAGUCAAAAGAAGCGACAGAAAAUGGAAGCCAUAAAGGCUAAACAAGCAGAAGCUCUUAGUAAAAGACAAGAGGAAAGAAACAAAGCUUUUAUUCCACCUAAGGAAAAACCAGUUGUGAAACCAAAGGAAGCUUCUACUGAAAAUAAAAUUGAUGUGGCUGCCAUCAAGGAAAAGGUUAAGAAAGCCAAGAAUAAGAAACUGGGAGCUCUUUCAGCUGAAGAAGUUAAGCUUAAAAUGGAAGCAGAUGAAAAAAAGAAGAAGAAAAAAAAGUAACAUUAAAAAAAAACCCUGGAUGAGAACCGUUUAAGCUAUCUCCUUUUGUAAAGGAUUUUGAGAGACUAGGGCAUUAGUAGCCUGUAUGUGAGAAGGAAUACUCUGAUCACAUUUUUCUGAGUUUAUGUCAUUCUUCAAAACAGUGUUUAUAUAAACAGCUGUCCUUUAUAAAUAUAAAUUAUUGUAUUCUCUGUUUUUUGGAAAACUUUAUGCUAGAAAGUACUACAUAUGUCUUUGUAUAUAUUGCACCUAAUCUGUUUUGGCGUGUUUUGCCUAAGCAUGAUUUUAGAUGUAAUUUUUAGGUUGUUUAUAUAAAGAUUUUUGGAAUGUGGCUAUUGUAAUUAUCCAUCAAAUCCAGUGUUUGAUGCCACUGGUUAGUCUUUAAAUAUAAUCAUGUCCCACCAUUUGGUUUUGAGCAAAAUAAAUGCAGAUUUUGCAGUGCUCUCUCUAUUGCUAACGAGUAAACAUUUAGGCUUAUUUCUUUUUAUAAUCUCAUUCUAAAUUAUGUUUAAGAUUAAACAACCCAUAAGCAAAAAAAGCAAGGCCCCUUAAAUCCCUUAAUUACUAUACUGAGUCUGAGAAAAUGGUAAACCAAAGACCUCAGAUUGCAAGGUGGGGGUGGGGUGGGGUGGAGAGACCAGAUGUUUAGAAUUGAAGCAGCAUGCAGCAAGUUAUGUAGAAAUGUUUUUACUAAUGAGGGUCAGUGGAGUUAUCUAGAAUCACCUAAAUCGAGUACAUUCAUUUUGUAGUUUUAGAAGCUGAGACAUACAGAGGCUGGGUUACUUACUGAAAGUCAUAGCUUUGGCAGCCUGAAAACAAUGCUUAUUCAUAGAAAAGUGGAAAGUAAAAAUGAGUUUAUUCUAGAGAUAGGAAGUUGAACAGUUUUUUUAUUAAGGGUUUACUGCAACGUAUUUUUUUCUGAAAUGUUUUAAAAUUAG